UAUGAAUAAAAAACAAGAAAUCAUCAAUUAUCCACCUGAUAAGAGAAUAUCUUCUUACAUUUUCAGUCUCAAAGCUAUAAUUGGGAAGGGAUCAUAUGGAAUUGUUUAUUUAGGAAAACAUGAGACUACUUGUAAAUAAAUUUAAUUUAUUCAUAGAAAAAUUAGUAGCAAUUAAAGUAAUAGAUAGAAGAAGUGUUGAUUUUGAUAUACAAAGCUAGGAAAUUGCUAUAAUGAAACAAUUAAAUCAUCCAAACAUUGUUUAACUAAUUGAUUUUGUAAUAUCUGUCAAUAAUUUGUACAUCAUUACAGAAUAUUGUAAUGGAACUGAUUUGAAGACAUAUCUAUAAGAAAAUAGUCCAUUAAGUGAAGAAUCUGCCCUUAAAAUAAUUAAAAGUAUUAUAAGAGGAUUGAAAUGCAUAAUCUAAAAUAAUUUCAUUCAUAGAGACAUUAAACCUGCAAAUAUUUUAUUUGACAAUGACUAGUUAAAGAUUGCAGAUUUUGGAUUCUCUAGAAGAAUUAAUAAUACAAUGACUUCUAUUGUUGGAACUCCAAUUUAUAUGGCUCCUUAAAUUCUAUUUAAAUAGGAGUAUACUUCUAAAUGUGAUAUCUGGUCAUUAGGAGUAGUUUUCUUUGAGUUAUUAUUUGGAAAAUUGCCUUGGAUGGCAAGUGAUAUUAUAGAUCUUUUAGAUAAGAUAUAAAAUUAAUCUUUAAUAAUUCCAAAACAACCAAAAAUUAGUUUCAAAUCAACAAAAUUUUUAUAAGGAUGUUUAGAAAAAUAAGAGAAAAAUAGAUUAAACUGGUCUGACAUAUUUAACUAUUUUGCUACAAAAGAAAACUUAAAAAUAUAAAUUAAUUCCUUUUAUGAAAAUAACUAAAGCUUUGAUAAUAAAACAUAAAGAAUUUAUUAUUUUAAUAAAACCUUUAGGGAAAGAACUAACUCCAGUAAAUUUCACUAUGCUAAAUCAAAUGAUUCUAUAGAAAAUCAAACAAUCUCUUAAACUAAAAGAAAAGAUUCCUCAAAAACUAUAUUAAAAAAUCAAAAUUUAUAAAAUAUACGUAGAACAUAAUCUAAAUUUGAAAAUGUAAAAUAAAAUUAAAACUCAACUUUAAUAAUAAAAAAAAAUAAUGUUUCUUUUGCUUAAAUUAUCACAAAAGUUUAUUUAAAUACUAUUUAAGAUUGUUUAAAACCUCAAAUAAAUAAGUCAACUUCCAAAAGAAAAACCUAAAAUUUAUUCCAUAUCAUAGAGUAUAUUAAUACACUAAGCAACGAAGCCUCGAAAAAGGGAUAUCAUAAUUUAUUUACAAUUUUAUUAAAUUAAAAAUCAAAAUUAUUACUCAAUUAGGUAAAUCUAGAGAAAGAGAUAAAUUAUAUUAAAGAUUGGAUGAAAUUAUCAGAUGACUCAUCAUUAAAAAAGAAAAUAGAACUCUAUUUAAAAUGGCUUAAACUUUAAGCACUUUCCAAAGAAAAUUAGAAUAAUAAAUUAGGAAAUUUUCACUCUAGUUGA